AUCAGAAAGGCCUGCAGCAACAAUACAAACCCUAAUCACCUCGUUUUCUUUAGGGUUCUUUCAACCCUAAACCUUAUAAAUGUUGCCCUUGUGGCCAACCAUCUCAUCCCACAACCAAACAUUAAUAGCGCAAUAUUGAAUAAUUCUACAAUUAAAUCAUCCAACUAUGGCAGCUCUCAAAUUCUUUUCACUACUAAUUGCUUCAAUCACCUUUGUUCAAAUGGCAAUGGCUGGAGACCCGGACAUUCUUACCGACUUUAUUGCUCCUCCAAACGUAACAGUAGAUGGCAACUUCUUCACAAACACCGCAUUUCGCGCUCUUGUUGGGGGCGGCCCUCCCACAGCUUUCAAGAUAUUAAAGGCAACCAUGGCUGAGUUCCCCGCUCUUAAUGGCCAGAGUGUUUCAUACGCCAUCCUCGAAUUCCCAUCUAAAAGUACCAACCCACCACACACUCAUCCUCGCGCUGCUGAACUCCUUUUCCUUAUUGACGGUGCCCUCGAAGUUGGUUUCGUGGACACCAAAAACACACUCUUUACACAGACCCUUCAAGUAGGUGAUCUCUUUGUAUUUCCCAAGGGGCUAGCACACUUUCAGUACAAUGCUGAUCCACAAGUCCCAGCUCUGGCAGUUUCUGCCUUUGGAAGUGCAAAUGCAGGAACUGUAUCAAUACCCAGCACCUUGUUUGCCACCGGCAUUGAUGACAAUGUCUUGGCUAUCUCCUUCAAGACCAAUGUCGCCACCAUUCAAAAGCUAAAGGCUGGACUUGCACCCUAG